AUGUUGAAAGCUGUCAUUUUAGUUGGCGGUCCUUUAAAAGGCACCCGAUUUCGUCCGCUUUCAUUGGACAUUCCAAAACCAUUGUUUCCUGUUGCUGGACUGCCAAUGAUUCAACAUCACAUAGAAGCGUGCGCUAAAGUUCCAAAUCUCAAAGAAAUAAUUAUUCUAGGUUAUUAUCCUCCUAAUGAUUUAUCUAAUUUCAUUUCUGAAAUGGCUCAAAAACAUGACGUUGUUAUAAGAUAUUUUCAAGAAUUCAGAUCUCUAGGAACAGCUGGAGGAAUGUACCAUUUCCGUGAUCAGAUAAUGUUUGGAAACCCAUCAGGGUUUUUCUUAUUGCAUGGAGAUGUUUGUGCAGAUUUUCCCCUACAAGACAUUUUGUCAUUUCACGAAGAGAAAGGAAAUUCGUUAAUUACAAUUAUGGCCACAGAAACGAGCAAAGAACAGGCCUUAAAUUAUGGAUGUAUUGCCAAACAUCCUAUGCUUGACUAUAUGACUCACUACGUUGAGAAGCCAUCGACAUUUGUGUCCAAUUUGAUUAGUUGUGGAGUUUACUUUUGUUCUGUUGAGCUUUUCGAAACGUUGAAGACUACUUUUAAAAGGAAGCAGGAAAAUGCUUAUAAUGGCUUAGAGCUUAACGGAAAGGACUGUGAAGCAAUGCAGCUCGAAGAAGAUGUUCUCACUCCGCUGGCAGGAACUGGAAGAGGUUACGUCUACGUAACGUCAAAAUGGUGGUCUCAGUUGAAAACGGCAGGAGCAGCCAUUUAUGCCAACCGUCACUACCUCGGACUGUAUAGGACAUCUCAGCCAAUGAGGUUAGCUCCUAAUUCUAAAACUGUUACUGGAGAUGUCUUUAUUCAUCCGACUGCAGACGUUGAUCCAACUGCUUAUAUUGGUCCAAAUGUUAGCAUUGGGCCUGAUGUUACGAUUGGUGCUGGAGUAAGAUUAAAGGAUACGAUAGUUCUGGACGGAGCGACUAUAGGAAGCCAUACUUUAGUGAUCAAUACUAUUGUCGGUCGUCACGUCAAAAUUGGCAGUUGGGCCCGAGUGGAAGGAACUCCGUGUGAUCCUAAUCCUAACAAGCCGUUUGCAAAGAUGGACAACCUACCACUGUUCAACAAAGAUGGAAGGCUCAAUCCUUCUAUAACUAUUCUAGGUUGCAGCGUGAAGGUACCCUCAGAGGUUAUUCUUUUAAACUCCAUUGUUCUUCCAUAUAAAGAACUCACAAGAAGCUUUAAGUAUGAAAUAAUUCUUUAA